CCCCCCGCCCCUCUCUCCUCUCUCUCAGCCUCUCUUUCUUUCUAAUUUCUCUCUCUAGAUUUCUCCCAUUAGGGUUUCUUGAUCUCCUCCCUCGUCGCUCGACCUCGCCGGAUCACUAGUCUCCGUUUUGUGGCUGGGCUGGACAAUCAAAUAAAAGGCUCUUCUGACUGAUGUAAGCGCAAACCCCAUUCUCAGUAUAGUUACUUUCGAGCUGGAUAAUGCAUUUGCCACACCAAUUUCUCAACAUACAAAUGAAGAAAGAGAGAGUUGCACAUUAGAUGAAACAGGAAGUCACUGCUUCUUGUAGGUUGGUGGAACUGUGAUUAGCUGAUGGGGGUUUCGCUACAUGAUUGCUGGAUUGUCAUCUUGAGUGAUUAUAUAUCGUUACGUUGGGUUUGACUCGAGCCAUCCAGUAUUUUUUGGGGAACUGCUUCUUUAAUUCUCGUUUACUUUGAGAAGCAAAGCCCAUACAUUACUGGAGGAAUUUUCUGUAUCCAUGCUGGCAGAGAGCAUGCGUGGAAUCUGUGCUUCGGGUAAUGCCCCUGACGAGAUUAGCUGCCGAUGCAUUCGGUGUGGUGACAAUUUGCCUAGUUUCUCUUUUGACUCUUCUCGGUUUUCUUUGCAUCAUUUACUCGUGUUACUUCCGCACUCGCAUCCAUAGCCAAGGUUUCGUUCAACUUGGUUAUUUUAGCGGUCCUUGGAUUAUCCGAAUCAUAUUUAUCUUGUUUGCAAUCUGGUGGGGUUUUGGUGAGAUUAUUCGGUUAAGUUUGUUGAGAAGUGAGGGAAGAGUAUUGAAUGCCCUUAACUUGAAAUGGCAGGAAACAGUCUGCAAGUAUUACAUUGUUUCAAAUCUGGGGUUUGCCGAACCUUGCCUGUUCCUCACCCUUGUGUUUCUACUUCGUGCACCCUUACAGAAGAUGGAGUCGGGGAUUUUAAGCCAGAAAUGGAAUGGAAAAACAGCUGGUUAUGUUUUUCUCUGUUGUCUCCCAGUGUUUGCUCUUCAGCUCAUUGUUAUUCUAAUUGGACCCGACUUUAACAAGGGUAAGAAUAAUACAUUUGAAUUGCCGCACUAUUUUACAAGCACAGCUGUUCCUUCUAGGAUGAAGGAUGGUGGUGAUGAUAUUGCGCUCUGCACUUACCCUUUACUGAGUACUAUUCUCCUGGGGUUUUUUGCCACUGUCCUAACUACCUAUUUGUUCUGGCUUGGGAGGCGGAUUUUGAACUUGGUCAUCAAUAAGGGUUUGCAAAGGAGAGUUUACACAUUGAUAUUCUCGGUGUCAGGUUUUCUUCCGUUAAGGGUUCUUUUGCUUGGUUUAUCAGUUCUAUAUAAGCCAGAGCAGGUUGUGUUUGAAGCACUUGCAUUCUUGGCUUUUCUUUCCCUUCUAUGUUGUGCUGGGGUGAGCAUUUGGAUGCUUGUAUAUUGCCCGGUUGCAGAUUCUUUAGCCCUGAGGAGUCUGCUGGAUUUGGAGGCUAGGAGAAGGAUUAGUGAUGACCACAAUGAAACCAUUUCUCUUAUUGCUAACCAGAGCCUUCUUGGGGAAAGUAUGGGAGUUAGCCCUGAGAGAAACUCUGAUGCCUCAACAAAGCGUGGAUCAAUUUCUUUUCGAACUGCGGAGAAAGAUGGAACCUCAGUGGAUACAUAUGUUGAACUUAGCCUCUUCUCUCCUAGCCGGCAUGCAACCCCUCCAGGCUCACCUCGACCUCUUGGCUGGCCAAUGGUCCCUCGCGCCCAAUUUUAUGGACCUUAGAAUCAAACAACAAACUGGGAAGUCGUGGUAAAGAUUCAGUUUUGUGGUUAAGGAAAAAAACUGUUUGUAAAGGGUUUAGUUUCAAUAAGGAUCUCUCUAUUCUUGGCUUUUUGUUUCUAUUUGAGAUAUGCUGGUUUUGCCUGCUACCACCUGCUUGUUUUGUUUUAAUUUACCCUUGGGUGGAAUUCACCAUCUUUGCUAUUUCUUCAUUUUCAUUCCUGUAACAUUUAGGCUUUUUUUGCUUAGAGCUGAGGCCAUAUCAAUCCUUUCGUCAGUUGGGAUCUCGA